UCCCAAGAAGAUGAUGGAGAAGAAGAAAGACCUUGGGGUGAUCAGCCGUAUAGAAAAGCCCCUCCAACCAGACUGUGAAGCCCUAAGAUUCACCCUACAUAUUCAUCCUACAGAUUCACAUCUCUACAGCUAAUAACCACCCUCCAAAUCCCAAAUCGCCCAUAGUGAAUAACCCCCACCCCAUGAACCCCCAAGUCUUGGCUCUACUGGCUGAAUCGCAUCAAUCAGGCUAAAUGGGUUUAUCCGUGCUGGGCAUCGCCAUCACCGCGAGUGCUGUCCAGCCUUACCCCACCUCUUCUGCGUCAUGGACGUGUCCCAGAGGUUUCAGAGAAUGUAUUUUGCCGUAGAUUCGGUGCAUAAGAAGACCGAGGGCCCUGCGGGGUUACAGCUGGGGAAUCCAGUCCUGUCGGGAAUUAAUCGUCCUGAUCCUGAGUCACCGCAAUUCACCAAUCCAGUUACCAGCCAACCCAGUCCACCAUGAGCACUGGAAUCCUCAAAGUCACCGGCAACAAAGUUGUCGAUAACAAUGGCACCGAAGUCCUACUUCGAGGGGCUGCCAUUGGCGGCUGGACCAACAUGGAGAACUUCAUCACCGGCUACCCCGGCCAUGAGUCGCAGCACCGAGCCGCCAUGCGCCGCGUCCUCGGCGACCAGAAAUACGAGUUCUUCUUCGACAAAUGGCUCGAGUAUUUCUUCACCGACGCGGACGCCAAGUUCUACGCUGCCCUGGGGCUCAAUUGUCUGCGCAUCCCGUUCAACUACCGCCACUUCGAAGAUGAUAUGAAUCCGCGCGUGCUGAAGGAGUCCGGGUUUAAGCAUCUAGAUCGUGUGGUUGAGCUUUGCGCUCAACACAAAAUCUACACAAUCCUCGACAUGCACACCGCCCCCGGCGGCCAAAACGGCGACUGGCACUCGGACAACCCGACCAGCUACGCCGCCUUCUGGGACUACAAGGACCACCAGGACCGGACGGUAUGGCUGUGGGAGCAGAUUGCGCGCCGCUACCGCAGCAACCCCUGGGUGGCCGGGUAUAACCCGCUGAACGAGCCGUGUGAUCCGCAGCACGUGCGGCUGCCGGCGUUCUACGAGCGCGUCGAGAAGGCUAUCCGUGCGAUUGACCCCGAGCAUAUCCUGUGGCUGGAUGGGAAUACAUUCGCGAUGGAGUGGAGGGGUUUUGAUCGGGUGUUGCCGAAUUGUGUGUAUGCGAUGCAUGAUUAUUCGUCAAUGGGCUUCCCAACAGGCCAACGAUACAAAGGCACACCGGAGCAAAAAGAGCAAGUGGAGCGGCAAUACCUCCGCAAAGCAGAGUUCAUGAACCGCAACGGCACAGCAGUCUGGAACGGGGAGUUCGGGCCCGUCUACGCCUCGUACUCCGACAUCGAUGCCGAAGCGAUCAACCAGGAGCGCUACAACCUGCUCGGUGAGCAGCUACGCAUCUACGACAAGUACAACAUCCACUGGUCGAUCUGGCUGUACAAGGACAUCGGACUGCAGGGGAUGAUCCACACCAGCCCGUCCAGCAAAUGGAACCAGACGAUCCAGCCGUUCCUGGAGAAGAAGAACCGGCUGUGGUUGGAUAACUGGGGGCGGAGGCCGUCGGCGGAGCCGGAGGCGGCCCUGAAGCCUCUCGUGCAGUGGAUCGAUCAGGUCAGUCCCUCGGCGAAGGAGACGUAUCCGACGUCGUGGAAUACAGAGCGGCAUAUGCUGCGGGCGGUGUUUCAGACGUUUCUGGCAGCGUCGUUUGUGGAUGAGUUUGCGGAACUGUUUCGCGGGAUGGAUGAGGCGGAGCUGGAGGCGUUGGCGCAUAGCUUUCAUUUUGACGAGUGCGUGCAGAGGGAAGGGCUGAAUGAGAUUCUGAGGGAACAUGCUCGGGUGACGGGGAAAUAG